GAAUGGCGUGUAAGGGUUUUUGGGAGUGUCUAUUGAAGCUGUUGAACUUCCUUUUAGUUCUUGUUGGUUUGGGUAUGAUUGGGUACGGAGUAUACCUUUUUGUUGAGUAUAAGAAUAUCUCUUCAGACGAUGAUGGUGGUGAUUCCGCACUCCCCCCUUCGACCGAUGAUUUUGUACAGCUUGGUCGGCCCAUGCUGUUAGCUGUUUCUUUGGCUAAUAACAUUUUCGACAAACUGCCCAAAGCAUGGUUUAUUUAUCUUUUCAUUGGGCUUGGUGGAAUUGUUCUUUUCGUCGCUUGUUGUGGUUGCAUUGGAACUGCUACACGGAAUGGUUGCUGCCUCACUUGUUAUUCAGUGCUGGUGAUCUUGUUGAUAUUGGCCGAGCUGGGAUUUGCUGCUUUUAUAUUCUUUGACGAAAGCUGGAAAGACAAAAUUCCAACCGACGGGACUGGAAAUUUUGCUAUGAUAUAUGAAUUUCUGGAUAAGCACUGGAAAAUUAUCAAAUGGGUUGCUCUUGGUGCUGUUAUACUAGAGGCGCUUAUAUUUUUGCUAGCGCUUAUUGUAAGGGCUGCAAAUACACCAGCAGACUAUGACAGUGAUGAAGAAUAUAUAGGUCGACCCAGGCAACAGACCCGGCAGCCAUUGAUAAAUAAGCCAGCUGGCGGUCCAGUUACAGGUGUCCCGGUCACUAAUACCCCUGAUAACCUUACAAGCAGAACCGACUCUUGGAGUAGACGUAUGAGGGAAAAGUACGGGCUCGAUACAUCGGAAUACACAUACAACCCGUCUGAGUCGAACAGGUACCAGCAAUCUACAACACAACCAUCCGAGGAAAGAAGUCGUGGCUGCACCAUUAUGUAAUGUGACGGCCUGUUUGAUUUCAUGUUGCACCGAAAGUGAAAUCUCUGUUUUUGAAUCGGACUGUAAUUAUGCUGUGCCGGGUAUUUGUAUCUUAUCUGAGUAAUAAUAACACCGUUUGGAAUUGGGAGUGACACGUUGUUUUGUCGUAUCUUCUUAGUUUAAAGUCGUGAUAGUCGUGUUUCUAAGCUAUUAUUGUGUUCUCUCAGAUGCUGUUCGGUGCCUCUUAUACGAUUAUUAGCAGAUGGAUGUAUGUUACUAUGAUUUGUAGUUUGCUUCGAUAAG